ACAAAUAGCCGCCGCCCCCGUUAUAAAUAGCCGGCGACACCAACCCCGCGUGCUCCUGGUUCUCUUUCUCUUCUCCCUUGCUUGGAGCCACCAACCUUUCCUCCGCUUGGCCAGCCGCAGCUUCCCUGUAACCCUAGCCGCCCGCCCGGCUCGUAAACUCUAUCGACCAGCAAGGGAUGCAGCCCACGACGCGGGAAAUGCAGGCCAUGGCCGCCGCCGGCCAGAUCUCCCUCGAUGACCUCCGCGCGGCCGGCGGCGUGCACGACGACUUCCUCGACCAGAUGCUGGGAGGCCUGCAGCCGUCGGCCUGGCCGCCGGAACUGGCAUCCGCGGCGGGAGCGAAGGCGCCGGGUGGCGGAGCGGAGGCGGAGGGGAUGCACCAGCACCAUCACCAUCACCAUCAGCAGCAACAGUUCGGUGGGGGCUUGUACGACGAGUCCGCGCUGCUGGCGUCGCGGCUCCGGCAGCACCAGAUCAGCGGCGGCGGCGCGGAGUCCGCAGAGGCGGCGACGAAGCAGAUGGUGCUGCAGCAGCUGGCCGAUCUGAGGCACGGCCACCACAUGCUGCUCCAGGGCAUGGGCCGCUCGACGGGCGGCGGCGCCGGCGGCAUGCUCCUCCCGCUCUCCCUCGGCAGCGGCGGAUCGGCCGGCGACGUGCAGGCGCUACUCAAAGCCGCCGCCAAUUCCGCCGGAGGAGAGGCCGCCGGCGUCUUCGGCGGCGCCUUCGCCGGAUCGCUCCAGCAGCAGCAGCAGCAGCAGCAACAUUUCCAGCCGCAUCCACAGUCCCAGCAAACGGCGCCGUUGCCAGGCCAGGGCUUCGGUGGUGGCGGCGGCGCGUCGCAGCCCCAGGCCGGGGCUUCAGGCGGGGCCGCGGCGGCGGCUCCGCCCAGGCAGCGCGUGCGGGCGCGGCGCGGCCAGGCCACCGACCCCCACAGCAUCGCGGAGCGGCUCCGGAGGGAGAGGAUCGCGGAGAGGAUGAAGGCCCUGCAGGAGCUGGUGCCCAACGCCAACAAGACGGACAAGGCGUCGAUGCUGGACGAGAUCAUCGACUACGUCAAGUUCCUGCAGCUCCAAGUCAAGGUGCUGAGCAUGAGCCGGCUAGGUGGCGCCGCUGCCGUCGCGCCGCUCGUGGCCGACAUGUCCUCGGAGGGUCGAGGCGGCGGCGGCGCGCCGCCGGCCGCGGCGGGGAGCGACGGCCUGGCGGUGACGGAGCAGCAGGUGGCCAAGCUCAUGGAGGAGGACAUAGGCACGGCCAUGCAGUACCUGCAGGGGAAGGGCCUCUGCCUCAUGCCCGUCUCCCUCGCCUCCGCCAUCUCCUCCGCGACGUGCCACAUGCGCCCGCCGGUGGGCGGGCUCGGGGUCGCCGCCGCCGCGCACCACAUGGCCGCCAUGCGCCUGCCGCCGCCCGGCAUCAACGGCGGCGCCGCCGACGCGGCGGCGGCCGUGCCGGCCUCCCCGAGCAUGUCCGUGCUCACGGCGCAGUCGGCCAUGGCCAACGGCGCCGGCGGGGCCAACGGCGCCGGCGGGGCCGAUGGCGAGGGCUCGCACUCGCACCACCACCAGCAGCAGCAGCAGCAGCCGCCGCCCAAGGACGCCGCGUCCGUGUCCAAGCCGUGAUCCCGGCCUCGACAAGACAACGGCCGCCGUUUCGCUAGCGGCGAGACCCUGACACUCCUGACCUGACGGCGUCGCCCUCCAGUUACGAGACUGCCCCCCUAUCCGCCGCGGGUCUCGCUCGGCUGGGAACCGUGGGCUCCCUGACGGGCCCAUCUGCACCCCUGCGGGCCCACGGGCUCUCAGCACGGCACAGCCGCGCAGCGCAGCAGCCCCCAGACUCAGUCACCUUUUUCUUUUUCUUUUUCUUUUUCUUUUCUUUUCUUUUCCUUUUUCUUUUAAUUUCUCCCUAGCCUCACCAUUAUUUUCUUUUCUGUUUAAUAUUAAUCCCUGUAUGCUGCUGUUUUUUUUCCAGUAAAUAUCAGUAAUUAAUUAAUCCAGGGCUGGUUCUCCUGCUGCUGGCUUUGCGCCA